UGCGCAUCGCUAGUGUAUACACAAGUGCUGAAGCUGCAAGUCGUGCGUGUAGGUACGCGAGAAUUAUUUUAAGAGCCACGAAAACUAACCAAUUAAUUUAAUAAAAAAACAAAGCAACAACCAGCCGCGUCGUUAUACUUAUCACUUAGCAUGUGGAUUAAAUAUCUUUCGCUCAAUAUGCUGCGACGCGCCGCGCUAUCUACGCUUCAACUCUAAAGAGACGGCAACUGUGAAAAAGAAAGAAGUAGCAAAGCAAAAAAAAGUGCAUACAGGAGUGGCUGCUGUGAGUGCGCGAGCAUAUAAAAUUGAAAUUGCCAAAUCUAAGCAAGCAUACACACACACACACACACUCAUCUAAAUAAAUACAUACAUAAAACACAGCUCUUGUUAAAUUUAAUUUAACAUUUGUGUAAUCUUAACGAACAAAAUAAUUACUACGUACGAAGAAAAUUCAAACAACGCCCAAAACAAAAAAAGAAAAAAACAAAAUUAACAGAUACAAGUACGAGGAGCGGAGUAAUAACGACAACGAAAGAUAAAUGCAUACAGAGACAAAAUAGCGAGAGAAACAACUACUACUACAAUAACAACGCAGUUACAUUCCAGUGGGAAAGUAAAGGGGAACCGAGGAACAUGUUUUCAACCAGCAUAAAACAGCAUAAAAUUGUGAGCGAGCACAUUUUUCUGUGAAAACCGAACGCCCGAAAAAAAAGUGUUGCCCACACACACACGCACGCAUACACACAUAAUUUAAUAUACAUACGCGCGUACGCAGGCAAAUAGCCGCACACAAACAAACCAACGCUCACGUACACACACAUACACAAUGUCCAGCUGGGCCGAACGCGUGCAUCGACGCGCUGCUGAUUUGGGCAACGUAGUCACAUCCUGUGGCCAUCCAGCUACCGCUCCCGCCUAUCCCUACCGCUUGGAGAAGGUGAAGUUCGGUGUGCCUCUGGAGGAGGUGUGCAAGCACAACAAUAACAUUCCAGGCCCUCUCCUCGUAUUAAUAUUGAAACUGAACAAGGAGUCGCCCAAUCGACGCGAUGUUUUCCGUGCGCCCGGCCAUCAGGGCGCAAUGAAGAAGCUCAUCCAUUUCCUGCAGGCGGGCCGACUCGUCAACGUUGAUAAUUAUUCGGUGUUCACCAUUGCCAGCGUACUAAAGAAGUUCCUCCGCAAGAUACCGAACGGCAUCUUUGGACGCAGUGGCGAGAUGGAGCUCUUUGCCAUUAACGAGCUGCAAAACGAAGCCGAGCAAACGGACCGUUUACACAGAUUGUUUGCAUCACUGCCCAAAUAUACGCAACAUCUAUUAGUCUUACUCUUUGGCACAUUCCGCGUCAUCGCCAGCAAUGCGGCCCACGCAUCCACGGGCAUGACCAGCGAAGCUCUCGGCGUCUCUGUAGCGCCCAGUUUCUUUCAAUCCUGCGUCAGCGAUGGCAAGACCGCGCGCAUGGAGGAUGUGCUCAAGUUUAAGGUGGCCACCAAGAUCAUGCAGCACAUUAUCGAUAAGUUUGCCACACACGAUAUCUUCGGGCGCGACAACUACGAAUACUAUGCCCGCGUCACGGGGCGCAUUCUAAAGGUGCAGGACGAAUGGAUCUGCAGUUUCCAAUAUCCGCCGCCGCCACGCGGCAAAUUGGCGCAACAGAAAUAUGCAUUACAACAUUCUCUGGAGGCCGAAAAGACUUGGUUGCAGUGCCAAUGCGAGCGUUGGGGCUUACUGGCCCAGGAGGAGUCUCGCUCGACGCCCGCACUGCUGACCAGCUCCAGCUCGGCGCUGGAGAACAGCGUGCUGUCGCUGGGCGUGUCGCCGGAGCACUCGUUCAUCGAGAGCUGCGCCCGUCUCUCCGUGUCGCUGGAGGGGCCGGGCAUCUUUGCCAUGACCAGCUCGCCGCUGCCGGCCAAGCGCGCUGGCAACGGCAACGGCAACGGCACUGACUAUGACUACGACGACUAUGUGGACGACGAGGAGGAUAAUGAUGAGCUGGCCCACGACUUUGCCGCCGAUCUGGAGCUGAGCAGCAUUGCGCCGGCCACGCCGUCGCAUCUGCAGCAGCAGCAGCAGCUGCGUGGCCUGCAGCAAUUCAAGCAACGGCAGCAGCAGCAGCUGGCGGGCACAACGAGCAACUCACAGGACGACGACGACGACGAGGAGGACGACGAGGAUGACGAGCUGACCACCGUGAAGCGUCGCUACCGUCAGAACAAAAAGAAGCCCUUGCCCAGCGGCCAUCAUCAGCGACGCCUGCGCACCGGCACCAAGAGCCUCGACGGCAGCAGCGAUCGUCGUGGCAGCAAUGCCGCCUCCACCGGAGCCAUUGCUGGGCCCACAGCAGCCACCAGCGCAGCCCUGGGCAACAGCAGCAGCAAUGGCGGCAAGCUGAAGCAGCCGCAGCGGACCUGCAGUCGCUGCAAUCGCGGCAUACGGCACAGCAGCUCGUGCAGCUCGAAUUCUGGCGGCGCCGCUGGCUCCAAUGGGGGCGCUGGCGGCAUCGGCGUCACGGGCGGCAACGGCGGUGCCAACUCGGGCGGCAUGACCAUGGAGGAGCUGCGCGCCGUCAAUCGCUAUGCGGAGAGCACCAAGAGUCUCUCGUAUUUGCCACAGGUCCAUGAACGCCAAACCGCACGCAUGCGCACCCGCUCCGAAUGGUUCUUGGGGCCACGGGAUGCGGUCGUCUCGCUGCAGCUGCCGGCGGACACGUGCAGCAACUGCUGCCUGGCCGUCGCCGCCGCCGCUGCCGCUGGCUACCUGGGUGGCGGCAGCACGCGCGACAUGCGCCAGACGGUGGGCGGCGGCGUCGGCGGUGCCGGCGACAUCGAGGCGGAGCGCAGCCAGGCCGCGCUGCUCUAUCACUUCUAUCGGCGGCAGCGGCGCGAACGCGAACUGGAACUGGAAAGGGAGCGGCAGCCGCAGUCGCAGCCGCAGCUGGACGAUAUGAUGGACACCGAGGACAGCUACAGCUACAGUCGUCAGCAACAGCAGCAGCAGCAGCAGCAACAAAAACAACAACAGCAACAUAUACAUUCCAAGGGUCUGCUGCGACCGCCGCAGCAGCAGCAACAGCGUCGCCUGUUGCUGGACGCCAAUUCGGUUGGCAACAUCCGUUUGAGUAACAGCGCCGAGUCCAUACAGUACACAGCGCGUCGACCCAACAUCGUCGGCAAUCCCAACAGCAGCAACAUCAACAUCAUCAGCAGCAGCAGCAUCAGCAAUCCCAACAGCAACACACGCCGCCUGCUCAUCAACGUGCCGCGGCAGUAUCCGCUGCGCUCCUCGCUGCGUCGCCACAAGGAGAAACAGAUCGGCGGCAGCCAGAGCAACAGCAGCAACAGCAUCAGCAACGAACAGCUGACCGGCAGCACGGCGCCAGCGGCAACAGUUGGCGGCGCAGCGGCAGCCGCUGCAGCUGGAGUGCCGCUGAACAAGCCGCUGUUGCUGGUGGGCCUGCUGCCGGGCGCCGAGCAGCCGCCGUCUGUGCGCAAUUCCAUAGCGGACUGUGGCAGCCACGACUACGACAAAAUGGACACCAUGGAGCACCAGCUGAGCUUGGAGUGCAGCACAACGCUGAGCUUCAAACCGCCGCGGCUGUAACAGCAGCAGCAGCAGCAGGAGCAGGAGCAGGAGUAGUUCAAGUUGGAGGCAAGCGACGCAGGCUCAAGUAACAUUAAAAAAAUAAAAAUAAUAACGAUUUAAUGGAUUUAAUAUUUGACUAGCGUUUAAUUAAAUAUUAAAUGUAAUCUAACACACACACACAACCACACACAAACACAUUUAUAUAUUAACAUAUAUAUGUACUUGUAUUUAUGUGUAUAGCAAGAAAAGGCUGAUUUUCUUUAGUUAAUAACGAUAAAAUUUAACGGAUAUUGCAACAAAUUGCCAAAUUUUAUUUGAGACAAGUGAAAAGCAAA